AUCGCAACUCAAGAAUAACUACAAAACCGUUGGCCCCCCUGCUGCGGGCUUCAUCACGACCAUGUCCACCACAUCGCUGGCUUCGUCCUCGACCUCGUCGGGGAUGUCCUCCGCCUCUGCCUCUGCUUCUGGUUCAAGCACUACCUUCCAAUUACCGUCAAGCCUCAAAGUCAUCGGAAUAGUACUCGCAGUCUUGAGUGGCCUAUUGAUUGGCUCUAGUUUCGUCUUCAAGAAAAAGGGUUUGUUGCGCUCGCAGGCCGGGCACGCAGCAGGCGAAGGUGUCGCAUACCUCAAAUCUCCAUUGUGGUGGAUAGGCAUGACAAUGAUGAUAUGUGGAGAAUUGUGUAAUUUUGUUGCAUACGCGUUUGUCGAAGCGCUUGUUGUGACUCCUAUGGGUGCACUAUCUGUUGUAAUAUGCGCCAUACUAUCUUCCAUUUUUCUCAAGGAGAAACUCACCUUUUUUGGAUGGCUGGGUUGUGCCCUCUGUAUUAUCGGUUCCACUAUCAUUGCUCUCAACGGCCCACAGGAGCAAACACCUGGUGAAAUAGAGCAGUUUAAGAAACUCUUCCUUGCGCCUGGUUUCCUCGGGUACAUAGCUGCCCUGUUUACUAUCGCCUUCUCUAUUAUCUUUUACUUUGGACCUAAAUAUGGCAAGAACAGCAUGCUCUGGUAUAUCACUGUAUGCAGCACCAUCGGUGGCAUCAGUGUGAGUGUCACGACAGGGCUCGGUGCAGCCAUAGUCACCAGUGUGAUGGGAGUCAACCAGUUCAAAAACUGGUUUAUCUACUUUUUGAUCGCUUUUGUGGCGACAACACUACUAACGGAAAUUUAUUACCUGAAUAUUGCGCUUGCACUAUUCAAUACUGCUAUGGUAACGCCCACGUACUACGUUUUAUUUUCAUUUUUUUCAAUGGUCACAACCAUCGUCCUCUUUCAAGGACUCAGCGCUCCUGUCUCUCAAAUUCUCACGCUUGUAUUGGCCUUCCUUACAAUAUGUGUCGGCAUCACCAUCCUCCAAAUGUCCAAGAUCGACCCUGCACAACUCUCCAAACUUGACAGGCGGUCUACUAUGCUCCUCGAAGCCGCGCGCGCAAAAACAGAGGACGCCGAGGAGAAGGGCAUUGCCGGGAUGGAAGAUCCCGGCAUUGAGGCGCUUCGCGGCUCGUUCGGUACCAUGAGCAGCAUCAUCCGUGCCCGCUCAGCACGGAGAGUGAGCCAAUCAAGCAGGCACACGGCCUCCACCCUCCGGGGGCGUUCAGACGGCCUACCUUCCACGCACUGGCAACAGCAAGAUGCAAAUCACGCAUAUGAUGGAUUGACACGUCAUCAGCUCUAUGAUGCCCCUGUACCGCGGGUAUCCGACCCAGAUCGCGCGUCGUCGUUUUCAUCUAGAUCGACGACGCCGUAUAGCCCGCGGAAAACCGCCAUCAAAUUCGGAUCGCAAGAUCUCGUGCAUUCGUACCGCCCCCCAGGUAGCGGGGAUGCGGACGCCAUUCAUGAGCAUAGGAAUGUCGUACACUCCACACCGCCAGUACAGACUGACGAUUCGUUUGUGUACCCUCCGCCACCAAACAACGACGUUUCGUCCACACCUGGUGGUUCGCAAUCGCUAACCAUACCGCCGCGUGCAAACGAUGAGCCACCUGCACCCACCGUGUCAACGAUGUAUCACGGCCCAACAAUCAGUGAUCCCUUUGAUACCCCGACGACCCCCACCAUGACCGCAUUCCCCUCGUCGUCCGACUUGCUGACAGAUAAAUAUCCUCCGCAAAACUACGACAGUCAGGAGGAUGUACGCCCCGCGGAGCGCACACGACGAAGCUCUUCGACGGGCCAGUCGCGACGAUACCCAAGAGGUGUUGAUGAUGCAGAGGAGAGUAUAAGUCUGUGGGAGCGGACCUCGCCUGUUCAUGAGAUGUACGAGCAAGAGGAGCCGUCGCCGCCAGUUCAGGGAAUUCGGCUGGUGAAACCUAGUUCUAAGACAUGGCUGUGAUGAAGGGGGUGUACGAUCAGAUAUGGACUAGAUUUUUUCUGAAUGUAGUAGACAACAGGGACUACUGGUGUUGUAUCUAUUUUUGACGAGCGGACAUUGCACUCGCUGCAUGCCUCAAGCUGAGAAUGGCAUGAGCUGAUUUUACUUCUACCAGGAUAUGGUGCGAUAAGAGAACACGCGCGAUAGGGA